AUGAUAUUUCACGUGAUCUAUUAUGCAAGUAAGACAUUGAAUGACCCUCAACUAAAUUAUGCCGCUGCAGAAAAAGAGCUCCUUGUUGUAGUCUACGCCUUUGACAAAUUUCAAUCAUAUCUGUGGGGUCAAAGGUCAUCAUUUACACAGAUCACACUGCUAUCAAGGCAUUUUGGUGCGUCAAAAAUAGCGGCGAAGAUCCUUCAAUCAAGUUUUUACUGGCCUACGCUAUUUAAGGAUGCUUUUGAAUUCGUGAAAAGGUGUGGCCAAUGUCAACGUAUCGGAAAGCUGCGAUCGAGGUGGUCUGGUCCGUAUACUAUUACACAGGUAUUUCCACAUGGGGCAGUUGAGAUUACUCACGACAGCAAGGGGACAUUCAAGAUCAAUGGACAGCAUUUGAAGUACUAUUGGGGUAGCGAUUUUUCAAAGGAAAAGUCUACCGUUCAUCUUAGACCACCAGAAUGA